ACUACUAACAAGAGUGCACUGCAUCUCUCGCCUCCGCAUUGGGCGCCCUUAUAUUUUAAACUUCCCACAAUAAGCAUCAGUAACGUCGCGACGCUCGCAUUAGACGCUCCAAUAUUACCAUGGCGCCCCGUAAUAAGGACCAAGAAGCAGAAGUACUUAACUGGAUUUUCCAAGUAAUAGGUCAACCAGUUCCAAAGGGCGAAUAUGAAGAUAUUUUACGUGAUGGAGUUGUACUCUGCAAUCUUAUGAACGUUUUAACACCGGGAAGCGUUAAAAAGAUCCAAAGCAAGGGUACCAACUUUCAACUUAUGGAAAAUAUUGAGCGCUUCCAGAAAGCAGUGAAGGCGUACGGAUUGCCACAAGAAGAAAUAUUUCAAACCGCAGACUUAUUCGAAAGAAGAAACAUAUCCCAAGUUACACUAAGUCUUUACGCUUUGGCCCGAUUGACACAAAAACACCCCGAGUACCAAGGACCGUCCCUUGGACCCAAGAUGGCUGACAAGAACGAAAGAAGUUUCACCGAAGAUCAAUUAAGAGCAUCUGAUGGUCAUCUCGGUCUUCAGAUGGGUUACAAUAAGGGCGCAUCUCAAUCUGGUCAUGGCGGUUUCGGUAAUACAAGACAUAUGUAACUUAAUAUUCAUUUUUGAAAGUUGCAUUUCGUAUUUAUUUAAAAGUUCAGUCCAUAGAUGACCUCUAUGUGAAAGUUUAGAAACCGACAUCUUACACUACAUAAUAAAUAUUUUUAUACUUCAUACGCCUUGUCUUUAAAUAAAAUUUAACAACUUUA